UUUCUCACUCUCCUUCAUCGCAUGCUUGGACUGGCCACCAAAACCCCUUUUCUCAGAUCUAAACCUUAUUUGCUUCUUCCUUGCCCCCAGAUCUGAGAAUAUCAAAAUCUAUCUUCAGAACCAUUUACUAUUCGUCUCUGAAAUUUGUCGAAAAGAUGUUGAAGAUUCAGGCAAGUCGAUCUAAACCCAACUUCUUUGCUUUUUUGAAUGGCGUUGGAUUUGAACGUACGUCUUUUACUUGUUCUGCUUCUUAUUUUGCUCUGUUUAAGAAUAAUUUUAUAGCUCACAUUCAUUGCAAAUCCUCUCCAAAAGGCGGCAACAGAACCAAAAUACACAAUACCCAUUUCGAGAAUUUUAAUGUUGAAGCUGCUUUGGAUUCCUUUCCGAGGAUGCUCCGAACACGUCCUCUUCCUUCUAUUGUGGCCUUCACUCAAUUGUUGGGUAAACUCGUCAGAACCAAACAUUAUUCUCUUGUUAUUUAUAUGUUUAAGCAAAUGGUUAUGCAAGGAAUCAAGCCUGAUGAUUACACUCUAAGCACUCUGAUGAAUUGCUUCUGUCAUUUGAACCAAAUGCCCUCCAGUUUGUGUGUUCUUGGGAAUUUUAUUAAAUCCGGUCAUAAACCCGACACUGUGACCAUGAGUACUCUGAUCAAGGGGUUUUUCCUCGAGGGUAAGGUUGCUGAAGCAGAAGAGUGCUUUAACAAACUGAAGAAGGGAGGUUGUAAACCUGAUGUGAUUACUUAUUCCAUAUUGCUCGAUGGGAAUUGUAAGAUGGGAAACAGUGUUGCGGCUAUUCUCUUGCUUAAAAAGAUGGAAAGAGAAGAGAACUGCAAGCCGAACGUUGUUUCUUACAGCACAGUUAUUGACGGCCUUUGCAAGGAAGGGCUACUUGCUCAUGCUUUGGACCUCUUCUCCAUAAUGAUUAAAAAAGGCGUUGUUCCAAAUGUUGUUACGUACAGCACCUUGAUUCAUGGGGUGUGCGUGAUAGGGAAAUUGGAAGAAGCUAUGAUGUUAUUUAAUGGAAUGGUCGACCGUAAUAUCUACCCUGACGUACGAAUUUAUAACAUCUUGAUCGAUGCUUUUUGCAAAGAAGGAAGGGUCGCGGAGGCGCAAGACGUGAUAGAAAGUAUGAUUGAAAGAGGCAUCAAGCCAAAUGUUGUGACGUAUACUUCACUCAUGGACGGCUAUUGUUUGCGAGGUAAAAUUGAUGACGCAAGAAAAGUGCUUGAUGCGAUGAUUGAAAAUGGUUGUGAAAGUGAUGCAUAUAGUUAUAGCAUUUUGAUAAGCGGAUAUUGUAAGAGGAGGAUGAUAGAUGAGGCUCUUAGGUUGUUUGAAGAAAUGACAUCUAAGGGAUUAGUUGCGAAUGUUGUUACUUAUAGCUCUCUUAUUGAUGGUCUGUGUAAAUUAGGGAGAACUUGCCAUGCUCGCGAUCUGCUUCACGAGAUGCACGCUGUUGGGCAGCCACUAGAUAUCCAAACAUAUGCUAUUUUACUCAAUGGCUUGUGUAAAAAUGGAGAGCUUGAAGAGGCAAUAAUUUUGGUUCAAGAUAUGGAGGCAUGCUCAAAGCUGGAAAUCUUGCAUCUGCAACGGAUCUCUUUUUCAAAUUACCAUCUAAAGGCUUACAAUAUGAUAGGAGGUCUCGUAGCUGAAGGUCUUAGUUUGCACAAGGAAAUGGAAGAGAAAGGAUGCCCUCCUGACAAUUGCACUUACAAUUUAAUGAUCCGGGGCCUUGUUCGCAAUGAUGAGAUAUCAAGAGCAUUGCAGUUUAAGGAUGAAAUGGUGGCAAAGGGUUUCUCUGGAGACGCUUCAACUUAUGAGUUGUUUGUCGAUUUGGUCGCUAAAGAUCUGAGAAUAUCAAAAUCUAUCUUCGGAACCAUUUACUAUUCGUCUCUGAAAUUUGUCGAAAGGAUGUUGAAGAUUCAGAAUAAUUUUGUAGCUCACAUUCAUUCCAAAUCCUCUCCAAAAGACGGCCACAGAACCAAAAUAAACAAUACCCAUUUCGAGGAUUUGAAUGUUGAAGCUGCUUUGGAUUCCUUUCAGAGGAUGCUCCGAACACGUCCUCUUCCUUCUGUUGUGACCUUCAAUCAAUUGUUGGGUAAACUCGUCAGAACCAAACAUUAUUCUCUUGUUAUUUCUAUGUUUAAGCAAAUGGGUAUGCAAGGAAUCAAGCCUGAUCAUUACACUUUGAAUUUUGUGAUGAAUUGCUUCUGUCAUUUGAACCAAAUGCCCUCCAGUUUGUGUGUUCUUGGAAAUUUAAUUAAAUCCGGUUAUAAACCAAACACGGUAACCAUGAGUACUCUGAUCAAGGGGUUUUUCCUCGAGGGUAAGGUUGCUGAAGCAGAAGAGUGCUUUAACAAACUGAAGAAGGGUGGCUGUAAGCCCAAUGUGAUUACUUUUUCCAUAUUGCUCGAUGGGAAUUGUAAGAUGGGAAACAGUGUUGCAGCUAUUCUCUUGCUUAAAAAGAUGGAAAGAGAAGAGAAUUGCAAGCCUAACGUUGUUUCUUACAACACUGUAAUUGACGGCCUUUGCAAGGAAAGGCUACUUGCUCGUGCUUUGGACGUCUUUUCCAUAAUGAUUAAAAAAGGCGUUGUUCCAAACGUUGUUACGUACAACACCUUGAUUCAUGGGGUGUGCGUGAUAGGGAAAUUGGAAGAAGCUAUGAGGUUAUUUAAUGGAAUAGUCGACCGUAAUCUCUCUCCUAACCUACGAACUUAUAGCAUCUUGGUUGAUGCUUUUUGCAAAAAAGGGAGGGUUUCCGAGGCGCAAGGUGUGAUAGAAAGUAUGAUUGAAAGAGGCAUUAAGCCAAAUGUUGUGACGUAUAAUUCACUCAUGGACGGCUAUUGUUUGCGAGGUGAAAUUGAUGACGCAAGAAAAGUGCUUGAUGUGAUGAUUGAAAAUGGUUGUGAAAGUGACGUAUAUAGUUAUAGCAUUUUGAUAAACGGAUAUUGUAAGAAGAGGAUGAUAGAUGAGGCUCUGAGGCUGUUUGAAGAAAUGACAUCUAAGGGGUUAGUUGCGGAUGUUGUUACUUAUAACUCUCUUAUCGAUGGCCUGUGUAAAUUUGGGAGAACUCGGCCUGCUCGCAAUCUGCUUCACGAGAUGCGCGCUGUUGGGCAGCCACCAAAUAUCCAAACAUAUGCUAUUUUAGUCAAUGGCUUGUGUAAAAAUGGAGAGCUUGAGGAAGCAAUAAUUUUGGUUAAAGAUAUGGAAGAGAUGAAAUUAUCUCUCAAUAUCGUGAUUUACACUACUCUUAUUGGAGGCAUGCUCAGAGCUAGAAAUCUUGCAUCUGCAACGGAUCUCUUUUUCAAAUUACCAUCUAAAGGCUUACAAUAUAAUGCGACGACUUACAACAUAAUGAUCGAUGGACUUCUUAGAGGAGGUCUCGUUGCUGAAGCUCUUAAUUUGCAUAAGGAAAUGGAAGAGAAAGGUUGCCCUCCUGACAAUUGCACUUACAAUCUAAUGAUCCGGGGUCUUGUUCAUAACGAUGAGAUAUCAAGAGCAUUGCAGUUUAAGGAUGAAAUGGUGGCAAAGGGUUUCUUUGGAGACGUUUCAACUUGUGAGUUGUUUGUCGAUUUGGUCGCUAAAGGUAAAUUGGAUCCUUCCUUGCAGUUAGUGGCGCAAAAGGGUGUAUAAGUUAUGUUAUUUUACUAUGGGAAGAUCAAUAUAUUGAACUCCUUUUUUCAGUUUA